AUGGAAAUAUCUUUUGGAAAUUAUAUUUUUAAAGAUGAGAAAUGUCGAAUGCAUUCACCAAAUAUAAUUCAACAACAAAAUUGCUCCGAAGAUCUUCCAAUUGAAAAUAAACAUUAUUCAACCUGGAUAUCAUUUUUGGAAUUAUAUAAUGAAGAUGUAUUUCAUCUAAUUGUACAAUCAAAAGAUAUGAAAGCACGUAAAAAUCUUCAUCUUAUGCAAAAUAAUAAUUCAAUAACAAUUAAAAAUCUUAUUCGAACACCAGUAUUUGAUCUAAAAGAAGCAGAAAAUAUUAUUAAAUUUGGUUUUGCUAAUCGUUCAACAUCAAAAACAAAUCUUAAUGAUUCAUCAUCAAGAUUUCAUGCUCUACUUUGUAUUACAUUUAUUACAAUUAAUGAAUUUGAUGAAGGACCAACUAUGAGCCACAUGUAUAUGAAAAUAAAAUUAUUUUUUCUUAAUUUUCGAAUUUUAUUUCUUUAUUAG